AUGUAUAUGAACGAAGCUGAAUUCGAUAUUCCUGGAUGGUUAUCCGUAAGUAUCUACUACACGUUCGACUUUUUUUUAACAUUCUAUUUGGCACCAAACAAGUUUGCAUUUAUCUUCUCUGAGCCGGGUCUAAUCGAUAUCAUAACUUCUUUUCCCAUUCUCAUCAUCAUGAUCUGGAUGAAAGUGACAGGCAACGUCUCAUCCUGGAUCGUAAAGCUCCCAGCAUUUCGUAUUUAUAUCCUCCUUCCCUUCCAUCGUGUCCUCCUUCACUCCACUUCGCGUGAUUCGUUUAUUCCGCAUGUGGCAACGCCGCGAAAUCCUUCGAAUUCACAGCGCGUUUGUGGAUCAUCUCACUUACUUACUCCUCAAAUCAUUCAUUCUAUUCCUCUUUUUCUCAUCGUUGUUUCAGACUCUCGAGUACAGCGAGUGGGCUGCACAAGCUUUUUUGUGAUUACUUCCGCUCUGGGCGUCGGAUACGGCGAUGUCUAUCCCCGCACGCCUGCCGGCAAAGUUCUCCUCAUCGCGCUGUUCGCGAUGAUCAUCAUCUUCAUUCCUCGCAACGCCAUCCAGCUCUACCACCUCUGGCAAAGCGAGAACUCGACGCGGGAUCGAAGCCGGUUGCAGAACUCCGCGCACAAGCGACAUUUGAUUCUGACCGGGUAUUGCACGUACCGCGACGUUUUCUCCACGCUGGUCUAUCAGUGGCGCGAAGACUUCGUCGGAGACGAUUUCAUUCUGGCGGUGGUGACGCCGAAUUUAACAAUGAACGGGUUUCGACACAGUCCGUAUUGGAAGCAUCGGUUCGUGAUGCGAGUGCAGUUCUUCACCGGAUCCAACGAUCUGCUCCGCUGUAUGUUCAUGUCUGCGAGCGAUGUCAUCUACAUCCCCGAUCGCACCAAGGAUCUCGCUUCGCGCGAUAAAGAGACUGUGCUGGCUCUGGUGAGUCUCGAGAACUCCUAUAUCACCAACGUGCAGUAUCUCAACUACGUCGAAGGCCUUCCCAAAAAAGUACAAAAAUCGUGCCUUUUUUCGACGCAGGAUCAAAAGAAAAUCCGCGACCUGGCUCUCUACGCGUCCUCGGGACGCAAGCCCCACGUGGUGACCAGCAUCUUCUCGGGCGUGAUCGCCGUGCCUCAAUUCGUGCUCCCCGUCAAGAUCAAUCUUCCUUUAUCGCUGAAGCACGCGCUCGUGACCACGGAAUUGCUCUGUCCGGGGACCUACCCGCUCCUCCACAACCUCCUUCUCAUGCACACGCGCGACACGCACGAGCCCUUCUACACGAGCGCCGAGAAGACGCGGAUUUUAAUGAAAGGGAAGUACGGCGAUUCCAUCCGCGCCUCCACCAACACCGUCCAUCAAACUAUCAAGUACCUCUCUCUCUCUCUCCCGCUCCCUCUCAGCCAGCGAACGCCCGGCUACGUCAUCAACGUCCUGCACGAGAGCUCCUGGAAGAACGAGUACCGCCGCUCCCUCGCCAAAUCGCUCUUCACCGUCCCCCUCACCGACCUCCCGGCCAAGUCCCUCCUCUUCGGACAGUACUCCGUUUCCUCGUUUCCCCAUUCCCCUAGAGCCUCGAAGCUCAACGGUCCCAUGCAGAUCAACCCCGUCCUCACGCCUCUCCAGCUCGGCGACCGGCUCCAUCUCUUCGCCUCCAGCGCCGCCGCCGCCGCCGACGCGCUCGCCUGGCUCCAGAGCGACGCCGCCUUCGACUGCGCCUUCUCCGCCCGCCUCGGCGCGCCGCUCACCACGCGGGCAUUGCCCACCGCCCUCGCCUUGCUCACCAUCAUUCCCGAGCGCGAGGAGGACCCGCGGAACCCCCGCGCGCCCCGCGGGAGCGAGGAGAUCGCGCGCAGCCGCAGCCUCGGCGCGCUGCGGUGCGCGGAGGACGCGGACGAGAAACUGGCCGACAUGCCGCGCGAAGCGGAGAUUCCCGCGGAAAUCCCCGCGGAAAAGCCGUCCGGAGAGGCCGAGGAGGCCGCGGAGAGCGACUCGAUGGAUGCGAGUAUCCCCGCGGGGGAGGAAUCGGAGGUGAGCGAUUCCGCGGGAGUGAUCGAGUUGGAGCGGCUGCCGACGGCGGCCUCGGUGAACAUCACCUCGAGCGAUAUCCAGAUUAACCGCGGGAUGGUGCUGGACUCCUCGCUCUGGCCGCAGACCUCGCAUUUCUACGAGUCCAGCGACGAGGAUCUGGCCUCCCCCGCGGAACUCCGCGCGAAGCCCCGCACGGAAUCCCCGCGGGACCCGGUCGCGGAGGUUUCGUUGUCCGAGGAGGGGCUCACGGGAGGGUCGGAAGGCGGGCUCACGGGAGGGUUGGAGACGCCGCAGCACGUGCGCACGACGGGGUCGCUGGCGUUUCACAACGCGAAGAUGCGGCAGCGGGCGUUUCAUCAGCCGAUCCCGUACUCGCAGACGCUGUCGUCGCCCCUGUUCCCCCGCGGGGGAGGGGAGCACGCGGAGGGACAUCGCGUGGCGAGCCGCUUCGCGGUGGACGUUUCGCGGGUCGUGAUCUCGGUGGGUGGAUGA